AUGGACGAGCCCAGCGCCGCCAAGCGGCCCUCGGUGCUAACUAUUGAUAGAGCCGCGUUUCUUCUCUUAAGGGUCAAAAGAGCUUUUAAGAAGAAGAGGCAGCAGCGAAAAGAGAAACAUGCGGCAGCGGCUGCGGCGGCGGCGGCGGAAGCGCUGGGCGGGGGUGGACGGCGGAUGCCCCCACCCCUGCUGCGCUCGCGCACGCUACCCGCCAUUAUAGCUCCUGGAUUCUCGAUCUUGCACGCGCAGAUAGAUCCGCAGAGGACUAACGGUUAG